ACGAACGGGAUGCGUAACCAUCAGCCAAUAUCGGGACCACCGCAGGAAGAGUGCGAGGGAGCGAAUGGUGAUUACUGGUGAUGAAUCGCUGUGUGGUUCAGUUUUUGCAAAAUUUUCCUCCAAAAUUAUAGAAGAACGAAGUAGGGAACUAUUAGUGCCCGGAACAGUUCCGAUGUGUGCCGGAGUCCGGUAAAUGAACGGCAGGAGUGCAAGUAUAAAAAGUGCAGAAGAAAACGACGUAAUCAUUACUCUAGCCAGGCUUUAGACGGACUGUGUGCGAAAUCGUAUUUUUACUUGCUUCGCUGAGCUGGAGGUGAAGCGUGGUAAUCGUAGCCCCACAACCCACAGGAGAACCAGCAUUAUUCAUCGAAUUGGUGGACAGCAGCAGUCAGUAACAUCUGGACGGUGCUCUCGAGUUUGGAUGUUCUUGCGUAUUUUCUUCCGUUGCUGUAACGAUCAAGAAAUGAAUACGCUGAACAAGUCUGUUGGAGCAACCGAGAAUGGAGCAGUGCACAACGAACGACUGGUAAUCCUCGAUGCUGGGGCACAGUAUGGAAAGGUCAUCGACAGAAAGGUGCGUGAGCUGAAAGUGAAAUCGGAAAUUUUGCCACUAGACACGCCUGCUCACAAGCUGAAGGAGCAAGGCUUCCAGGCGAUCAUCAUUUCCGGAGGGCCAAACUCCGUGUACGCCGAAGAUGCGCCACAUUACGAUCCGGACAUUUUCAAAAUAGGAUUGCCCAUUUUAGGUAUUUGCUAUGGAAUGCAAAUUAUGAACAAGGAGUUCGGGGGUACGGUCCACAAGAAGGAUAUCCGCGAAGAUGGAGAACACAAUAUCGAAGUGGAAGCCACCUGUCCCCUAUUCAAAGGCCUUACACAAGUGCAGUCGGUUUUGCUGACGCAUGGGGACAGUCUGGACCGAAUUGGCAACAAGCUGAAGGUUUGUGCGUAUUCCUCAAACAGAAUUGUAGCCGCUAUCUACAAUGAACAGUUGCGAUUCUAUGGCGUGCAGUUCCAUCCAGAGGUGGAUCUAACGGCCAAUGGUAAGCAGAUGCUUUCGAACUUCUUGUUCGAGGUUUGCGGUUUCACGCCAAGCUUCACCAUCCACAACCGAGAGGAAGAGUGCAUCAACUACAUUAGGGAGCGUGUUGGAAACAGUAAAGUUUUGUUGUUAGUUAGUGGCGGCGUUGAUUCCACGGUUUGCGCAGCCCUUCUUCGAACUGCCUUAAAGCCGGAACAAGUUAUUGCUGUCCAUAUCGAUAAUGGUUUUAUGCGUAAGAACGAAAGCGCUACGGUGGAAAAGUCCCUCCGCGAAUUGGGUGUUGAUCUGAUGAUGAAGGAUGCGUUGUAUCAAUUCACCCGAGGAACCACCACGAUCAAGGUGCCCGGAUCGCUCUACAAUCAGGAUACGCCUAUGCUCUGUCAGACGACCAGCCCGGAAGACAAGCGUAAGAUCAUCGGCGACGUGUUCGUCAAGGUAUCGAACGAGAUCAUCAAGGAUCUGAACCUGAAUGCCGAUGAAGUGUUCCUGGCGCAGGGAACUCUCCGGCCAGAUCUCAUCGAAUCGGCCUCUACGCUGGUCAGUACGAAGGCCGACACGAUCAAAACCCAUCACAACGAUACGGAAUUGAUUAGACAGCUGCGAGAAACGGGACGUGUGAUUGAACCCCUGCAAGACUUCCACAAGGACGAAGUUCGGCAGCUUGGGUAUGAACUGGGACUACCGGCUCAUGUCGUUGAACGACACCCAUUCCCCGGACCGGGUUUGGCAAUACGUGUGCUGUGCGCCGAAGAACCUUACAUGAAAGAUUAUUCAGAAACACAGGUCAUUGUCAAAGUUAUCGUCGAUUACAAAAAGAAACUGGAGCAAAACCACGCUUUGCUGAACCGCGUUUCUGGAACAACGUCCAAGGAAGAACAGGAGGAGCUUUGUCGUAUUUCCAGCAGUAUAAAGCUCAAUGCCACUCUACUGCCAGUCCGGAGCGUGGGAGUGCAAGGUGACAAGCGGUCUUACAACUACGCGGUCGGUCUCAGCAGCAAAGAUCAACCAAACUGGCAGGACAUGAUGUUCUUGGCCAAACUGAUUCCCCGAAUCUUGCAUAACGUUAACCGAGUAUGCUACAUCUUUGGAGACGCAGUAAAGUAUCCGGUACAGGAUAUAACCCACACCCUCUUGACGCAGAAUGUGAUAUCGCAGAUCAGACAAGCGGACAGCAUCGUUAACAGGAUUUUGCUGGAGAACGAAUGCAUGCGAAAAAUUUCGCAAAUGCCCGUCAUCCUGAUACCAGUGCAUUUCGAUCGGGAUCCGGCCCCCAAGACGCCAUCCUGUCAGCGAUCGGUCGUGCUGAGACCCUUCGUCACCAACGAUUUCAUGACUGGAGUCCCGGCCGUGCCCGGUACGGAUCGAUUACCAUUGCACGUUCUCCAGAAAAUGGUCGAUGAAAUCAGCAGCCUGAGCGGUAUUUCGCGGGUCCUUCUGGAUCUGACUGCGAAACCACCGGGCACAACCGAGUGGGAAUGAUUCCCCCGGACAGCGACACGAUGCUUACUGCAGCCAGCCCCCUUGUGUACAUCAUCAGCUUCAUGAAGAUCAUCUCAUCACUAAAGCAAACUGUAUUAGUUAAGGUCAUUGUUGGCUGCUAACUUCACCUCUAGAUGCAUCGCUGCCGGCUAUUGUAGCGGAGUUAUUAUCUUAUAGAAAGAGUUAGGUUAUUUUUCUACGAGUGUAGUACGGUUUAGUCGGAUUGGAAAACGUUCAACGUUUAUCUGACUGGGUCUGAUAAUAAUGAGACGUUUAAUUUCCAUAAAACGUCUGUCUGGGAAUUGUAAAGAGUAUAUGAGCUAAAUGCAGUUGGACAAUGAUGUCAUAAAAAGCCAAGAAAAUAUUAAUGCAGGAUACGCAUUAAGGUUUAAUAUAUUUUUGGGUUCGUUACCCCCUUUUGAUUUGCGGCACAACUUGGCAAGAAUUGACCAACAAGUGCCCAUUAGGUGUUACGUUUCUAUUAGACCACACCUACUGAGAUUGAAUUGGAAAUAUGUAAAUCAAAACUUCACUAAGAUGUUAAAAAUAUGUCCCUAAUACUUAACAUUAACAGAGUACCUACUUACUCAUUCACAUAUGACGAACGCUACAAGUUGCCUAUAUAUAUAUGAAUAUAAAUCUUAUUUUUUCCUGCAGCAGUACUGUCGACUCAUCUUUUCCUAGCAAAACAUUGGUAGUAGAAUCGUGACAUAGGAUUUAUAUUUUAAAUGUGACCGAUCACUUCAUCAGUGCACGUAAUUGGUAUCCUUGACCUUAAAAAACGCGAAAUGCUGUAAAAUUAUAUGAUGAAGCACCCCAUAAAUCCUGCUUUUUUGUUCCAGAACAAUUUUUCAAAUGCAAAUGUAAAAUAUAUCAACUUUCUGUUGAUGUCUCCAUCUUGUUUCCUUCUAAUCAAGUUGUUGUCGAUUGAAAAGCUGAGUGAGUGUAGUGAGCAAUUCAUUUUGAUGUCCGUGUUAUUUUGGAACCAAUACGAAGAUUACACUAGCAAUCCAUCGAAGGUUCAAAUGCUAUUACUUUCUGCAUUUCGUAUAACGUUCAUAAAUUUAGAUAGUUUUAUUCUUUUCAAUAAUCCGUUAUCCAUUUGGAAAA